AAGUGGGGGAAGAAGGCUGUAAGACAACUAGAGGGUCAGGAAGAAAGAGGGAAGGGACAGAAAAAGAAAAAGGAUAGCAGGAUGAAGGAUGAGCGAGGACAAGUGCAUAGGAGGACUGGGAAACCAGAGUUGGCAGCCUGACCCCUACGGAGGAGCCCAAUGAGCUUGCGUGAGAGACUUGCUGGUGGAACAGCCAACAAGCUAGCACCCUCCCAAGAUGGCGGAGGCUCACCAGGCUGUGGCGUUCCAAUUCACGGUCUCUCCAGAGGGUAUCGACCUCCAGCUGAGCCAUGCAGCUCUCAAGGAGGUUUACAUCUCAGGCCUGCGGUCCUGGAAGAAGAAAUUCAACCAGUUGCGGAACAGUUUUGUGACAGGCGUGUAUCCUGCCAGCCCAUCCAGUUGGCUGUUCAUGGUUACUGCCAUCUUGGUAACCCAGUACUCUCGACUUGACCCCUCCAUGGGCAUGAUUGGAAAAAUCAAGGAACACCUGCCAGUCAGUGACUACCUGUCAGAUCAAGGCCUGACAGUCCUCAGUGCCCUGGCUUUUUCCACAGCGCUAUGGCUGGCCCUCAUCGUGACCAUGCGUAGCAUUCUCAAGAUGCUGCUGUGCUACCAUGGCUGGAUGUUUGAAGAGCACGGCAAGAUAUCCAACACCACCAAGAUCUGGCUGGCUUUGGUGAAAAUCUUUGCUGGGCGGAAACCCAUGCUAUACAGCUACCAAGCCUCGCUGCCUCGCUUGCCUGUUCCAGCCCUCAAGGACACAAUGCAGAGGUAUCUAGAGUCCGCACGACCCCUGACAACAGAUGACGAGUUCCAGCGGAUGGCGGGUCUCGCCCGCGACUUUGAACGGACCCUGGGGCCGCGCUUGCAGUGGUACUUGAGGCUUAAGUCUUGGUGGGCAUCUAACUAUGUGAGUGACUGGUGGGAAGAGUACGUCUAUCUCCGUAGCCGAGGCCCCCUGAUGGUAAAUAGCAACUAUUAUGGCAUGGAUUUCAUUUACGUAACCCCAACCCCGAUCCAGGCAGCUCGUGCUGGGAAUCUGGUCCACGCCAUGUUGCUGUACCGACGGAAACUCACUCGGGAAGAGAUCAAACCGAACAUCACCCCAAAUUCCUUCAUCCCUCUCUGUAUUGCCCAAUGGGAACGUCUCUUCAAUACCACCCGGUUGCCUGGGGUGGGGAAGGACACCAUCCAGCACCUGAGGGAUAGCAAGCACAUUGCAGUGUACCAUGCUGGCCGCUUCUUCCGGGUCUGGCUAUACCACAAAGGGAGGCUGUUGCGCCCACGCGAGCUUCAGGCACAGUUCCAGCUGAUCCUAGAUGACCCCACGCCUCCUCUGCCUGGCGAGGAAAAACUGGGUGCCCUGACUGCAGCCGAAAGAGACCCCUGGGCCCGCGCCCGCCAAACCUACUUCCGGUCUGGGGUGAAUGAGCAGUCGCUGAGCAUAGUGGAGAAAGCCGCCUUCUUCGUCACCCUGGACACCAGCGAGCAGGGGCUCCAGGGACCCAACCCAAGUCAGGCGCUGGAUGCCUACUCAAAGUCCCUUUUGCACGGGCGCUGCUGCGACAGGUGGUUUGACAAGUCCUUCACGCUGAUUGUUUACCGCAAUGGGAAGUCCGGCAUCAAUGCAGAGCAUUCGUGGGCUGACGCCCCCAUUGUGGCACAUCUCUGGGAGUACACCAUUGCCACAGAUGCAUUUACGCUGGGGUACGAUGCUAACGGGAACUGCAAAGGGGACAAGGAUUCCAGCAUCCCCCCGCCCCAGAAAUUACAAUGGGAUAUCCCACCAGAGUGCCAAGAGGUAAUCCUGAAGUCCUUGUCCGUCGCCUUGGCCCUGGCUAAUGACAUAGACUUCAACACCUUCCCCUUCAAGGAAUUUGGCAAAGGCCUCAUCAAGAAAUGCCACACCAGCCCAGACGGCUUCAUCCAGCUCUGCCUUCAGUUGGCACAUUUUCGGGACAGGAAAAAGUUCUGCCUCACCUACGAGGCAUCCAUGACCCGUCUCUUCCGGGAGGGCCGCACAGAAACAGUCCGUUCGUGCACCAUUGAGUCAUGCAACUUUGUCAAGGCCAUGAUGGAUCCUACCCAGAACGAUGGCACAAGGUUACGUCUGUUCCGCAUGGCAGCUGAGAGGCACCAGAACCUUUACCGGAAAGCCAUGACAGGUGCUGGCAUUGACAGGCAUCUCUUCUGUCUGUAUGUCGUCUCCAAAUAUCUCGGCCUAGACUCCCCCUUUCUGCGUGAGGUGCUGUCUGAGCCGUGGCGACUCUCUACCAGCCAGACUCCCAUUCAGCAGAUAGAGCUCUUUGACCUCCAGAACCACCCAGACUACAUUUCUUUUGGGGGUGGAUUUGGGCCGGUCGCUGACGACGGUUAUGGCGUGUCGUACGUCAUCGUGGGCGAAGAUCUCAUAAACUUCCACGUGUCGUGCAAAUUCUCCAGCAAGGAGACGGACGCACACCGGUUUGGACAAAAUAUCCAGAAAGCCAUGGUGGACAUCUUGGCCCUUUUCCAACUGGACAAAAACUUCCCCGUCAAGUCGCGGCCAGUGACUCAAUAAAUGCCAGCGGGAUUUACACAGCCAGGUCCCCAGACACACUUUGGAGUGUGCGUGUGUGUUUUCUGUCCUCUGAUCCACAGGAACAUUUUGAAGCGGGGGAUGAACGGGCCGGGCCUGCCUGAGGAUUCCCACAAGCACAAUGGACGGGCAUGCCCCUCUU